AUGUAUUAUUUGUCCUGCAGGUUUUUGACUGGCUUGGAAUUUCGAGAGUCGGCGGCACUGAUCAGUCCAAAAUGUGAGAUCGAAAUUCGGCCAAAUAUGGUUUUCAUUGUUUGUGUCGGUUUGCAUGGUCUGGUAAAUCCAGAAGCAAAAGAUGAGCAGUCGAAAACGUCGGCUGUGCUGCUGUCCGAUACUGUUUUGAUUUCUGCGGAAGGUGCAAACGAAAUCCUCACAGAAAAGGCGAAGUCGCGCUUGAAGUCAAACACUAUUCGAUUCAAAUCAGUUCCGGAAACGUCAGAAGGUGACGACAACAAGAAUAAAACAACAAAUGAAGACAAGCGUAAAGAGCACCAGAAAGAAUUGGGGAAACGGCUGAAUGAAUCGGCACGUGAACGAUUGGCUGACCAAACGGACCAAAAGGAUGUGAAGAAAAUCAAGAAAUCUAAUAUAUCCUACAGGAAUUAUGAAAGAUUUCCUAAGGAAGCAGACGUUGACAAGCUGCAAAUUUAUGUUGGUAAGUAUUGGGUUUUUCUGAUAAUAUUUCUUCAACUGUACAGCAUUUGA